AUGGUGCUCAUCCCUCCUGGUAAGAUACCUCGUGUGCAUCACUGUGAGGGACGGAGAGGCAACCAUAAGGGUCGUCAGAAUAACUACAACUUCGUAUAUGUGGACCCUAGGGAGGAGAGUGGGCAGGAGCUGAUAGAGCAUGGCGAGGUGAGCUAUGAGGAUUGCAUGGAGGAGUUGGCGGCCAAGCAGGGUGAUGUAAGCAGUGGGUACAUGAGGAGGAGAAGUGUGGCUGAAGCCGAGACGACGGAGAGGAAACGACAGGAAGAAUACGAGAUGUCGAUACGGGAGGCUGAAGAGGCGAGGGCGAAGGCUGAUGCUGAGGCUAAGGCAAGGGAGGAGGAAUAUGAGGCUAGGCUGCAGGAAAUGCAGUCGCAGAAGGGGGGAGAGGAAGAGUUGCAGAGGUUGAGGAGGCAGUUGAAGUCUGAGAGGAAGGAGGCGGAGAGGGAGAGAGAGGCUAUGAUGAGGAAACAAAAAGGGUUGGAGGAGGCAGAGGGAAGCAACGCUGAUAGCGAAGGAGAUGGCCAGGCCUUAUACGUGAUGAGGGAUGCCAAGAAAGACGCCUUGCUCCAGGAUAAGGAUGACCCUUUCGGGGAUCCUGUCUUUUUGGAGAGGGAGGUAGGCAUAGCACGGAUCUCCCUGGAGUCUCUCACGAUGCAGUUAGAGAACGAGCUGGAUGCCAAGAUAGUGGAGGAGUCAUCACAACUCGUCGGGCAACCAUUGUCCUUUCGUUUGGUGGUCAAGCAGGCAUCCUGUCUCACUCCAAAAGAGCUGGCGAACAACGUAACGGUCCGCUAUAGGUGGCAGUUGGAUGAUGAGGAUACCAU